AGCGCGUACAGUGCACAGCAUAUCCACUGUUGUCUUCUACUCUCACUCAACAUAAAGUUAAAGGAAAAAAGAAGAAGAAGCUGAAUAUAUAUGUUUCUUUUUGACUGAGAUAGUUUCAAAUCGUAGAUCCCGCUCUGUUUUUGUUCACACUUUUUGUCACUCCCCAAAACUCAAACCGAACAAAAAAGCAAACAGAAAAGUUAAUUUCUUUAUACGUUACAAUCCGUUUAGUUUUGAGAACACUGACACAAUAGGCAUAGAAACCAUGAAGAUGAAGUCAUCUUCUUCUUCACUCUCACUCGUCUCAAAGACUCAUUCUUUCGGCUGUAUCUCUCUGUUUCUUCAAAGACUUCUCUGUUCCAGUGCCUCUUCUACGUACCCGUCUGAUCAAAUCACUGAGUCACCUGAGUUUUUCGAUGAACCAGCUAGAGUCAGAGGACAUUCGCCAGGAGCUGUGGCGAGGCUCAUGGGUUUGGAGUCGCUUCCCGUAACUGACAAAACCAGAGUCGUCUCAAGGAGCCGUUCGGUGAAUUCUGAUGAGAAUGUGAAGAGCGAUGACGAUGAGAUUCAAGGAAAGCAUAGAAGAGUAAAGUCCACUCUGGAGUAUGUUGAGCUCGAAGACGACAACUUCUUCAUUCUCAGCUUCGAGAAGGCUAGAAAUGAUAAGGUGUUUGGAGAGUUGAAGCAGCUGGGAACAAGAAAAUACAAGAAGAGACGAGAAACUAGAGAGCAUCAAACACAUAUAGAGGAUAAGGAGAACGACAUCAACGCCAUGAACGUUUCACCAGGACGCGAGAGACCUGAGACUGGAGAAUUGAAGCAGCGUAGAAAUGAGAAACGUAAGAACAUGAGAAAAAGAAGAGAAAUUCAGUUGAGACAGAACAUCAAUAGCUAUGGUGGUUGGUCCAGAGAUGGAGAUUUAGUCAACUGUGAAGUGAGAUCAAUGAAGGAGGAGGAAGAGUGUAGAAGCUGUGAUGACUCGAGCCCUGUUUCGGUUCUUGAUUAUGAUCGAGUAACUCCGGAACCAGAUAACACUUCAAGAAGACGGUUAUCUUCAGUACUCGAAUCUAGUAAGAGCAAUGAAGCAGUUCAAGAAGAUCACACAUCAAGAGAGUCUGAAACCAGAGUUCAUGGCUACCAAGAGAUGUGGCACAUGAUUUGCAGACUCACUGUAUCUGAGCUUCAAGAGUCAAACUCGGUUUACAGAAAUGCUUCAAAGCUUGGAGAUUUGGAAGGAGGCAUAAGCGAAGAUAUAGCCCAAAACAUCUUAGACCAACUCUUAGAAGAAACAAUCACAACACUUUCCCUAACUUCACAAGUGUAAAUAUAUUUUCUUUUCCAAUAACAACAUUUACUACUUCAACA